AGGAGGAACCAAGCACACAUUUAUAUUUCCAGGAAGAAGGCGGGCUUUAUUCUGAGGCCCCAACAGGAAACAAACAGUGGUCAGAUGGUGAAGUGGCACCAUGAUGGAAACAUCUCUACAACAUCUGCUCUUUUCCUGUUUGCUGGUUUGCUGCAUAAAUAAUGAAGUCCUCCCAGCUGGUCUGACUGUGAGUCCCAGCAGAUCUCAGUUCUUUAAAGGAGACUCUGUGUCUCUGAGCUGUGAGGAGGACAACAUCUCUGCUGGAUGGACUGUGAGGAGAAACACAACCAGAGGAACCAGGACUCAGUGUGGAGAUGGAUGGGGGAAACCUGAUGGUUCUACCUGUACCAUCAGCAGCUUGUACCCAUUAGACACUGGAGUGUACUGGUGUGAGUCCAGAGAGGGAGCAGCCAGCAGCAGCAUCAACCUCACUGUCUCUGGUGGAUCAGUGAUCCUGCAGAGUCCUGUCCUCCCUGUGAUGGAGGGAGAUGACAUCACUCUGAGCUGUCAAACAAAGACUUCCUCCAACCUCCAAGCUGCUUUCAUUAAAGAUGGCUCCCUCAUCAGGACUGAGCCUGCAGGUCACAUGACCCUCCACCAUGUGACCAGCUCUGAUGAAGGUCUCUACAAGUGUUUCAUCAGUGGUGAUGGAGAGUCUCCAUCCAGCUGGAUCUCUGUCUCAGUGAAACCUUCCACCACUGGACCAACCACAUACCUCUCUCCUCCUUCUUCUUCUCCUCCACCUUCUUCUUCUCCUUCCUUCCUUCGACAUCUACACUACGUGCUCCUGUCUCUUGCAUUGGUCAUUAUUGUGGUUCUGCUGCUGGUUCUGGUUCUGAUGGUGAGACGACAUGUUAGGAGAAAGUCUGAAGGUGGUCCAGAAGGUGGAGAGGACAGCAUUACUUACGGUGACGUCAACAUCUCCCAUCAUCAGCGACAGAAAACCAAGUCCAACAAAGAUCUCAAGCAGCUGUGCUUCACUACUGUUCUGUUCACUGAGAUGAAGAAGAAGAAGAAACUUUAAUGAUGUGACUCCUGGAGCCAGACGGUAAAAUGUUGUUUUUGUAUUUUUCAGAACUUCCAGCAGAACCAGAAGUGGUCCAUUCUUCACUGAGGUCCUCCAGUUCCAGCAGAAAUGUCCAGCUGUCAGCUUAUCUUCAGCCUGCAGAUAAAGAUCUACUUCUGCUGAAGAUCUGCUUCUUUCUCUGGAAAUGAGUUCAGCAAGAUGGACACAAAGGUCUCCUGAAUGUAUUUCAAUGUUUCAUUAUCAGUGUGGUGUUCAAUGUUCUCAGUAACUUCAGUUAUUUUCUGUUUUCAAUGUUUGGUCUGAACUGUUCUAACCACAGCAGCACGAUGGUUCCUCUGCAGCUUCAACAUGUUUAACCUGCGGUUCUGUAGUUUGUUUCUAACAUUUCAGACAUGAUGUUCCUGUUUGUUUGUGGCUGACCAAUGGAAACGAUUCUUCAGAGCAGCUUGGAAAGAAAUGAAACCAAAACCACAGAAUAAAACCUGCAGAAAACCCCUCAGUGUUAAACCAAAGCAGUUAGCUUUAGCUUGUUUUAAUGUUUUAUCUAGAAAUGCUUUGAAUGAACAAACCAACAAAAUGUCAUAAACUGCAGGUUAUGUUGAUUAAUUAAAAUAAAUUCAGUGUUUGUAUAUUUAUAACAAAUAGAGCUACCUGAUGGGUCCCAGCUCAGCCAUCAGUGGGUUUUACCUCUGAUCAAUCGACCAACCUGGAGAAGAUCUGGAGGUCGUCUCCAUUUUAGCUCUAAAUGUUAAACAGGAACUGAUUCAGUUUUUAUUUACUGACAAAUUCAAAUUCUAUGAUUCAGUUUAGAACAAGUCCUUUAUUUUUAUCCUGCUAAACUUUAAUUUGCUACAAUAACAAAUAAACCCCAACAACAAGGUGUUUCUGUUUAAUUUGGUUGGAAAAUGUAUGAAAUGUCCCUUUAAAAUAAGCAACAAUCAAUCAAUGAUCACUUAGAAACAAAAUGCUGCCUCCUAAGAAAUUAUUUAAUUGAACUUUUUGUCAUGUUUCCUAAUUGCAUAAAAGUUUAGUGGAAGGAAAAUGUCAGCUUUGAGAAUGUUUUUACAAUAAAGAUCUGAAAAGUG